UUAUUCACAUAACUUGUCGUAUCAAAGUUAGUUCGUAUGUUGAGUUCGUCGUGCUGACACAAUGCCGCUGCCUAAUAGAAAUGGUCUUAAAAUCGUCUCAUUAGACGUUAAAGACGUGAGAUUCCCCACAUCCCUUGGGGGUCACGGAUCUGAUGCCUUGCAUACAGACCCCAAUUACUCAUGCGCAUACGUGACUACAACCACUGAAAAUGGGAAACAAGGGUUCGGGCUGACCUUCACCUGCGGCCGCGGCACGGAGAUCGUGGUGCUCUGCGUACGCGCAAUGAAGAGAUUCAUAGUCGGAAAGAAUGCCGCAGAUAUCUUUUCUGACUUCGCUGGGUUCUGGCGUGCUAUCACCAACGAUUCACAGAUGAGAUGGAUUGGGCCUGAGAAAGGAGUGGCCCACCUAGCAGCAGCUGCCAUUCUGAACUCGCUAUGGGACCUUUGGGCAAGACUCGAGAAUAAACCAUUAUGGAGACUGCUCGUGGACAUGGAGCCAGAGGAAUUAGUGUCUUCGAUCGACUUCCGUUACAUAACCGAUGUCAUCACAAAAGAGGAAGCUAUUCAGAUGCUCAAGGCAAAAAAAUCAGGAAAAGCAGAGCGAGUGAAAUACCUCAUCGAUAAUGGAUACCCAGCAUAUACGACACAAGUUGGUUGGAUGGGAUACAGCGAUGAGUUGGUAAAAGAACUGUGUGAAAAGUAUUUGAAGCUCGGCUUUACGAAUUUCAAGGUCAAGGUUGGCCUUAACCUUGCUGAUGACCUCAGAAGAUGUACUGCCGUGCGCAAGCACAUAGGGAACGACAAAAUUUUGAUGGUGGACGCCAACCAAGCAUGGAGUGUGGGUGAAGCUAUUGAAUGGAUGAAGAAACUUGCGCACUUGAAGCCUCUGUGGAUCGAGGAGCCCACUUCGCCUGACGACGUGCUCGGUCACGCGACCAUCUCCAAAGCCCUUCGGCCGUUGGGCAUCGGCGUGGCGACCGGCGAGAUGUGCGCCAACCGCGUCAUGUUCAAGCAGUUCCUCCAGAGUGGAGGCAUGCAGUACUGUCAGAUAGACUCCGCUCGCAUCGGAGGCAUCAACGAGAUCCUCUCGGUCUACCUCAUGGCUGAGAAGCUGAAAGUGAAAGUAUGCCCGCACGCCGGCGGGGUAGGUCUCUGUGAGAUGGUGAACCACCUGCAAUUCUGGGACUACGCGAGUCUGUCCGGGACCAUCGACGGCCGCCUCAUCGAGUACGUGGACCAACAACACGAACACUUCUACGACCCAUGUGUCGUGGAGAAUGCGAGAUAUUUGGCGCCUAAGAAUCCUGGCUACAGCACGCAGUUCUUCCCAGAGACGGUAGAAAAGUACUCUUAUCCGAACGGCAGUGAGUGGCAGAGGAUGUUUAGAGAGGGCAUCUUCCCGCGGCCUGAUGAAGCUGAACUUGUCAAUGCUUAGUGUUAUGUCCUCCUUUCGAUAGGCAAGACCAAGAGUCAAAAAAUUGAGGUGAAAUGCAACGAACUAACCAUAAGCUGUCUGGGAGUAGGUGUGAUAGACAUCAAAACAAAGAAUUACUCCAAAUCCAACCUGUCUGUGAAAAAAAUAAAAUCGCCUGCGCAAUUGAAAAUAAGAUUUAAAGUUUUGGGUCUAUUAAAUGGCCAAUAAUUUGCUAUUGUAUCACGUAAACUAUCCACAUGAAUUUAUUUUAUAUAAUUGUUACUUCUAUUGAUGAGAAAAAUUUACUAUUUUUUAUAAUAUUU